AUGAAUAGCGACAACGAGCAACACAACAAUUCCACUCUCCCCAACCCCCACUCCCCCACUCCCCACUCCCCCCACUCUCCUCUCACCAACCCCCCCUUCCCUGUCCCCAAUUCCCCACUCUCCUCACUCCCCCCUGUCAACCCCUACUACCCACUUGGCUCGUACUCGCCUCAUGCCUGCAUAGACAGCAACAGCGUCUACUGCCCCGAGGAUUUCGGCUCUGACGCCAACGAGAAUGACACCUCUGAGGUGAAUGAUCGCCCCGCCCCUAGCCCUGAAAAGGUGCCGUCUGGGCUCGUCUUUUGCGAUGAGGCCACAGGACACCUGUACGUCGACGUUCGUGGAGGGCCCAUUGCCGAAGGAAGCUUUGGCGCCGUUUACGAAGUCAGCGACAGCAAGGGGGAGCGUAUGGCCCUCAAGGUUCCUAAGCCCAAGGCUAAGAUGGACAAGAUCCGGAAAGAGGCCCAGCUCAUGGGUCGGCUGCGAGGACACGAUAACGUCGCCAAGCUGCACGGUGUCGUCGAGGACAAGCGAGGUCCCUGUCUCUUGAUGCCCCUCUACCAGCCACGAGACUUUUACGCACUCUUGAUCAACCGGGCACCCUUGCCGGUCGCCGAGAUCAAGUUCUACGGCAAGCAGCUCGUGGCUGGUUUGAAGUUCAUUCUUGAAGCUGGCAUCCGCCACUGCGACCUCAAGCCAGAGAAUGUCUUGGUCGCUGAGGGCAUGCAGCUCAAGAUUUCGGAUUUUGGGCUCUCCGAGGAAUCGUCCGUCAGGAGCACGCGGACAGUUGGUACGCCAGGAUAUUGGGCGCCGGAGGUCCUGGAGGGGAUGGUGCAUACCGACAAGAUUGACAUCUUCUCGGUCGGCAUCAUCUUCUACAUGAUGUUCGCAAGAGAAAUACCCAACAUCACCGCCGGAUUCGUCGUCGUCUAUCCCCCAGCCAACUACCUCGACGGUGUGGCCCCCUCAGAAGACGCCAAGGACUUGCUGGGCUGCACUCUGGAGAUCAAUGCUAGGCGUCGUAUCUCUGUCCAAGAGCUUGUGAGCCACGACUUCCUUUGUCGUGGCUUCUGUCCCAAGACCCUUCCAGAUACGGUGUUCGAUGAGGCCCCGGUGUUUGACAACAGCGCUGUUGAAAAGCAUGACCGCACCUCAGAGAACAACGGGGAAGGCUUGGGAACGUGGAAGCGGAAGAAGAAGAGGGCCGUGAAGGCUGCCAAGGGCAAGGAGGUUGUACGUUGGUCCCGUGUUGAUACCAAGUCCAGGACUGAGGCUAUCACCGGUGCCAACGCCAACACCGACGCCACUGCCGAGGCCGAGGCCACCGCCAACGCCACCGCCACCGCCACUGCCACCGCCAAGGUCCACGGCACUCGCACCGGGGACCAGGGGGAGACUGGGAAGACCACGAGGACGGCCACACUCGGCGCUCAAGCCUACCACAGGUACGUCGCCAAGGAGGCUGUCAAGGAGUGCGAGUGGGCCGUCCUCCUUGCUCAGGUCCAAGCCCAAGUCGAAAAGGAGCGCCGGGACUUGCAUGCCGAGAGGGACGCGCUGCGCGACCUCUUUGGAAGCGAGUUCCGUGAUGACGGCCACGGCAGCCAAGACGUCAAGCACAGCAAAGAUGACGAUGACAGUGCGGGUGUGAUCCUGUCUUCCUCACCAGACAAAGUAAGUAAAAAAAACCCCCCUCCAAUCCUCAAAGAUUUGCCACCAAUAUUUGCACGGAGGUAG